AUGGCUCUCAGGACAGAGUCCCAUUUCGGGAAGCAAACAGAGAAAACUUUUACCGUUAUAGAGAACCAAACUAAGGUGGAAGAAUUCAUCUUGUUGGGACUAAACAAUGAUUUGGAGGUCCAGUAUAUAGUCUUUACAAUCUUUCUUCUGUUGUAUAUGGCUACAUUGGUGGGGAAUGGUACCAUUAUGAUUGUUGUUAUAGCUGAAUCUCGCCUGCACAGCCCCAUGUACUUUUUCCUUGGAAAUCUUUCCUGCCUUGACAUCUUUCACUCCACAGUAACUAUUCCAAAGAUGUUGUCUGGGUUUCUAACAGAGCUGCAAACCAUCUCCUUCAAUGGCUGCAUGGUCCAACUCUUCUUCUUCUAUUUCUUUGGUAGCAGUGAAGGCAUUCUCCUUGGAUUCAUGGCUUAUGACCGCUAUGUUGCAAUAUGCAACCCACUGCGCUAUACUAUCACCAUGAGAAAAGAGUUUUGUGUUUUAAUGGCAGCUGCCACCUUGUCAACUGGUUUUUUCCAUGCCUUGAUGCAUGCAGUGAUGACUGCUCAUCUUCCCUUUUGUGGGCCAAAUCUAAUCGAACACUUUCUCUGUGACAUCAAGCCUUUGUUGAAACUGGCUUGUGGCAGCACUCACCUCAACCUCAUGCUUCUCAGUAUUGUGACCAGUUGUGUUGUUAUGGGCCCUUUUGUCUUCAUUCUCCUCUCCUAUCUCUACAUUAUCACUUUCCUUCUCUGCAAAGUGCAGUCCCAGCAGGGUUGGCAAAAAGCCUUCUCCACCUGUGGGUCCCACCUAACUGUGGUGGCUUUACUCUAUGUUCCUGUGUUGUUUAACUACAUGCUUCCCACUGUGGGUACCUCCUCUCAACGAGAUAUGAUAAUAACCCUCAUAUAUAGCACAAUUACCCCAGUUUUGAACCCACUUAUCUAUACCCUGAGAAAUCAGGAGGUUAAAAUGGUGAUGAAAAAGAUUUUUUGGAGAAAGACUUACACUUUUCGGUGA